CCCCCAAAAUAAUGGCUUAUUGGCUACGUGAGGUUUAUUUAAUCGAAUAUAAGUUUCGUAAUGCUUAAGUUGUUACGAGUGUACUGGUAUAAGUAGGACACGUAACAUCCCGGCAACUGUGAGAAAAACAAUUUAUAUCGGAGAUGUCUCGAAAUUGCUAUGCAUAUUCAUGUCACGAGGUUAGUAGCGUCGCAUCUCAAUUGAAUACAGGCAGUUGACGUCAACAACCCUCGUCAAAUAUUAAAGCGUGAUUACAAUAAUGAGCUGUAUCCACCAAUCCAAAGAAAGGAUAGGCGGGAACUAGAUAGCCCGCCGUGCCGCUUUGUGGACAACGGCUCCUAUUGUUAGGGCGUAGAGAGAUGUAUCUUGUCAGUAUAUCCAUAAUCUUUGGUCUCCCAAAAGCCAAUCAACAAUCGUUAGCAAACAAGCAAGUAAAAAAAGUUGAUACAGGACUGUAGAUUGCAACAGGUUUAUGGCAUAACGAUGAAAGAGGACAAGGAAAACACUCGUCCGAUUGAGAAAAUUAUGGAGAUAAAAUGCGAAGAUACUGAAAAAACGGAGAAGCCAAAGCCGGAGAAGAAAGAAGCAAUGACGAAGAUCAUUAUCCGACGUCUGCCUCCUAGCAUAACCAAGGAGGAACUGGAGGAUCAAUUGCAGCCACUUCCAGAAGUGGACUACCUCGAAUUUUUCUCCAAUGACAGCAGCAUGUACCCCCACGUCUUCGCCAGAGCAUACAUCAACUUCAAGAAUCAGGAAGAUAUUGUCCUUUUCAGAGACCGGUUUGAUGGAUAUGUGUUCAUUGAUAAUAGAGGGCAGGAAUAUCCAGCCAUUGUUGAAUUUGCUCCUUUUCAAAAGAUUGCCAAAAAAAGGAGUAAGAAAAAGGAUGCCAAAAGUGGAACAAUCGAUGAAGAUGCUGACUACAAGAAAUUCCUGGAGAUUUAUAAUGGUGAUGAUGAAAAGUUUACAUCCACUCCUGAGACUCUACUGGAAGAAAUAGAGGCUAAAACAAAGGAACUAGUGGCUAAGAAAACGACUCCCCUCUUGGACUUCUUGAAGAACAAACAGAGAAUCCGUGAGGAAAAGAAAGAGGAGAGGAGGAGACGAGAGCUAGAACGGAAGCGCCAGCGGGACGAGGAACGUCGAAAGUGGAGGGAGGAGGACAGGCGGAAGCGCAAAGAAGCCGAGAAGUUUAAGAAAGGAGACAAAACUGCAGAGAAAGAUAAAGACCAGGCAAAGGAGGAGCCAAAAAUCAAGCUCCUGAGAAAACCAGAUCGGGGAGAGGACGUGGAUGUGGAAAAGCCUAAAGAGAAGUCAAAGAAACCUGAAAAGGACAAAAUGAAAGACGACAGAGCCCCAGGGGGUUCUGAUAUGAAGAAGCGCCAAAACCAUGAAACCAGGGAGGAGAGGGGAUCACGGAAAGCUGAUGAAGAUGGACACAAAGAGGGACAUAGAGAUGGACACAAAGACUUCAGAGAGCGAGACGUAGAAAGAUACAGGGACCGCGAACGAGACAGGGAGAGGGAACGGCGGCAGAAAGAGAAGGAACGCAUCAGACGACAGGAUGAGGAUCGACGAAGGAGGAGGGAACGGCACGACGGAGAGAACUCGUACAGAAAGCGAGAGGACGAAGGGAAAAAGGAAAAAGGAGAUCGUGUCUGGGAAAAGAGAAAGGGCGAGAAUGCAGGAGACUCUGUAAGCCAUACUUCAAGCCAUACCGAUAAGCCUAAAAAGUCAGAAGAAACCCUGAGGGAGGAGAAAGCUAAAAGAGAUCGUUUAAGAAACAAGGAUCGGCCUGCCAUUCAGCUUUACCAGCCAGGUGCUAGGAACCGAGGAGCUCGAGGUGGUGGAGGAGGAGAAUCUCAUGCUGGGGAGAGAAAGUCAGAGAGUGAGAGCAAGAGAUCCCAAGAGAAGGGAGAUGAAUGAUAAAAAAUGACCACAAAUAAAGAAUGAUAAAAUGAGUGAGGAGAGGGAGAGAGAUUUGCUCUGAGCCAAGCAAACUGGUGCCAGAGAGGCGCAUGCAGUGAUAAUCCUGCAAAGCCACAUCCCGUCCUCCCACUCACAACCAGAGGCAGGGAUGUGACCAUGGUGCCCCCCUCAGUGCCUGAAUGUGCCCCUCUUAGUUUGGUUUCUGAAGAAAAUCAAGGGAAAGUUAUCACUUCCUUUUAAUGUUUGUGAGAGUUUGAUUAUAGGGUACAAUGAGACAAAGCCAAAGCUUUCUAGGACCACAUGAAUUUUAAGUGACCUUACUACAGUAUUGGUACACAGUCUGUGCUACACAGUUGCAAAGCACGGUUCUUAUAUUGAAUAGGCUUUCACCCUGAUUGGUUGUGUAUUCUCUUUUUAUCACAUAUAAUACAACAUUCUCUACUUUCGGAACAGUAUAGGAGAUUACUGAUUUAAAGAUAUCCUGUUGCAUCUAUUAAAAUCUAUUUUGUUAACGUUUAGGCAUAUUUUAGGUUUAUACUCUGUACAUUUAAGGAGCGACUGCCUUUAAAAAGCAACAAAUCCCUUUGAAGAUGGCCUAUGUGGCAUUGAUAUGAGUCAAACAGUUAUUCGAGUGUCAAAAUGGACAAAGUGUAAAUUGGAUACAUUUGGUCAAAAAGUCAGUCUCGUCUAUAACGGCGUUUGGAACAUCCGUGCGUCACAACGGGUAAAUUAAGGUUUGGGUUUUGAUUUGACGAUGACCAUUUGCCCACUAACAUGGGGUGAACAGCUGCAGCGAUUGCGCUUCAUCCAAUAGCAUAGACAGUGAGACAGACCUGCCCAGCAGCGCCGACUUUGUUUACGUAAGACAACACCUUGUGGAUUUUGUUCGUUUUUUUAACUUGAGAAAUACUGCACCAAACACCUUGGAUGUAAAAUCGUGCAACUAAAACAUCCUCGGCAAAAACUCUUAAAAUCUGUUAUUAAUUUAAGUUAUGUUAGAUUCAUUCUGGGGAUAUUGAGGAAGUGAAAUAGGCAUCCGCGUCUACAGUGUCAUGGGGACAAACAACCAAACACGUAUACAAGACUGAUAUCUAGUUUUUCAAAUAAGCAACAGAAAUAGUCUGUACAGGUAACAAAACAAUAAUACAAUAUUAAGUUAUUUCACCGAUUCGGGAGAAUGAAAUAGCCAUUUCAUUGUACAUAUUAAACUGGGCUAUGCCUUGAUUUGAGACUACAUGGAACCCCCAAUGGGUGACUAUUAACCUUAACCUGUGGCCUUCCCCCUCAUACAUAUAUGCAUCUUCAUACGUAAACAAUGCUACUGUAUGGUUAACAAAAUUCUAAUUGGAAUAAACAUUUUCUGUUUUUUUCAUAAUUGAUGUAGCCUUGCUAAACACAGUGACAAAUGACCGCAAUAAAUAAUGUUUUGUUCUAAA